GAGGGGAGAAGGGAGCCCGGGAGCCUAAACAGCCCCAGCAUCCCGAAAUGGGGAGAGCCAAGAGGGGGGAGCUUUUGGCAUUGCUGGAAGUGCCAGCAGCCUGGGCAGGGCGGGCACCGAGGAGACGGGGGACCCCCAAUCCAAGCGUGAUCCCAGCAGAUGGGACAGGGGGGAACCCCCGAACACCAAAGGGGAGGGACCAGGGACAGGGAACUCCUGGGAGGCUUUUCCUAGGCUGAAUCUUGGUGUUUGGGAGGUUUUUAUGGAGCCCACGUGGCCAGUGACUUGUAGAGACAGACUCAGGCAGAGGGACAUUCAAACUGAACAUGUGUUGGGGAAGAUGAAACAGAAAAGCCUCAUAAAUAUGAUUGUCUGGCAAAAGAAUUUGAGAAUAUUGAAACUCUAAGCAAGAUUGAGAUGGAAGCAAGCUUUGAAAUACCUUAGUGAACAACUGGAAAACAAUGGUGUGGCCUGACUAAAGGUAAUCCCCUUUUGUUGAAACAAUUCCCUCUGCGUGCAGACAGACCCAAGGGUCUGAGCAGACCCUACUAGCUCAGCAGAAGGAGUCCAAAGCGGUGAUUUUAGGGUUUAAAAUGUAACACAGUAUCAUGAUGUAAUGAUUCUUACAGGCUGUAUGUAAAUGCUCUAGGAUUUGUAUCUUGUACUAGAUUUGAUAGUGAGAAAUAGAAUAUUCAACAGAGAAGAUUUAUUGUAUUGUAAUGGGAAGCUUACUCUCUUACGCUCUUCCCCUCUUACUCUCUCACCCUCUCAUCCUCUCUACCCCUCUCUUCUCUCGGGCCUGCUCCGACCUGUGGCUGGCAGCUCCAAGCAGGGCCUUGCACCCAGGCCCUUUGCAAUAAACCGCAAGUUCCACGACCUGGCUUCAGAGAUCUCUCGUCUCCGUCCGUCCCGACCAUCCUACCCCUCAACGCUCCUACAAACGUGCUCAUCCCUUGUUUUCCCCAAAGCAGGAUUUCCCAUUGCCAACCCCUGGGAUGCUGCAAGGAAGAGGAAGAUGCCCCGGGACACUGAGGCAGAGCAGGAGCUGAGCAUGGAGAGCAGGGAGGACAAAUGCCUGCGGCAGAACCUGGUGGAAGAGGCCAUUUUGAGCGGCUCCACGGCGCAGGAAGCCAACGGGGAGGAAAAGCCCCGGAGAUGCUGCACGAGGAGGGGCUGCAAACGCAGCUGGCGGGGAUCUGAGGGGGAAAGAGCCAGCCUGGGCCGGGAAGGCGGACAGAGAUGGAGCCAGAGCUCGGAGCAAGUGCUCCAUGAGCAGCUCCAUGAUGGGAAGAAGCCCCAUACGUGCGUGGAGUGUGGAAAGAACUUCAGGUGGAACUGUGACCUGAUCCUGCACCAGAGGACCCACACUGGGGAGAAGCCCUAUGAGUGUGGGGAGUGUGGGAAGAGCUUCAGCCUGAGCUCCAACCUGAUCAAGCACCAGAGAAUCCACACUGGGGAGAAGCCCUAUGAGUGUGGGGAGUGUGGGAAGAGCUUCUGUGGGAGCUCCAGCCUGAUCAAGCACCAGAGGAUCCACACUGGAGAACGGCCCUUCGAGUGCGGAGAGUGUGGACAGAGCUUCAGCCAGCGCUCCCACCUGAUCUCGCACCAGAGGACCCACACUGGGGAGAGGCCCUACGAGUGUUCCAAGUGUGGGAAGGGGUUUCAGACCAGCUCCCAUCUCCUCCGACACUAUCAGAGUCACACAGAGGAGAGGCCCUUCCAAUGCCCCGACUGUGGGAAGGGAUUCAGGUGGAACUCCACCCUCGUCAGACACAGGCGCAUCCACACUGGGGAGAGGCCCUAUGAGUGUGAUAAAUGCAGGAAGAGGUUUCAGACCAGCUCCCACCUCCUCCAGCACUAUCGGAUUCACACAGAGGAGAGGCCCUUCCGCUGCCCCGAGUGCGGGAAGGGAUUCAAGCACAACUCCACCCUCGUCAAGCACCGGCGCAUCCACACUGGGGAGAGGCCCUACGAGUGUCCUCAGUGUGGGAAGAGCUUCCCCAGCAGCUCUGACUUGACCCGACACCAACGGAGGCACCAGUAAGGGAAGCCCUGCGAGUGCCCUGAGUGCGGGAAGAGCUUCGUGCGCUGCUCCAGCUCCAUCCCCCACUGGAGGAGGCACUUUGGGCACAGCCCUGGUCACUCACAUUCCUUGUGAUCCAUGUUGGCAACACACCUGGCAGCUUUUACUUUUGUUUUGGCCCUAAUGUUUCUAACUUCUCUAUCUCUUUGCACUCCAAAACUCAAGAGAGAUGGAUCUGUCACCUGAAAACCACUGAAAUCCCAGUGAAAACAACUCAAUCUUACCCAAAAGGGCUCAAUCCCACCUCAAAUAAACUCAGUGCCGUACCAAACUCA